AUGUCAAAACAAAUUAUUGUUUAUGGAGGACGUGGAGCUUUAGGUGAUUGUUUGGUUCGUUAUUUCAAAAGUAGAAAUUUUAAAGUAACAUCAAUCGAUUUAAAAGAAAAUGAACAGGCUGAUAUUAAUAUUACACUUAAUGAUGCUGAAAAUCUUGAAAAACAAGCUGAAUUUAUUACCGAACAAAUUCAAUCAUCAUCAAAUGGUGAACCAGUUGAAGCUAUUUUAAAUGUUGCUGGUGGUUGGGCUGGAGGAAAUGCUCAUGAUAAAAAUUUUAUUAAAAAUUCCGAUUUGGUUUUUAAACAAAGUGUUAAUUCAACAUUAAUUACUGCAUCAUUAGCUAGUAAAUUUCUUAAAGAAGAUGGUUUAUUAACUCUUGCUGGUGCUGCAGCUGCGCUUGAUGUAACACCAGGUAUGAUUGGUUAUGGUGCAGCUAAAGCAGCUACAAUACAUAUUGGCAAAAGUUUGGCAGCAUCGAAUAGUGGCAUGCCAAAAAAUUCGUCAGUUCUUACUAUUGCACCGAUAACAUUAGACACUCCAAUGAAUCGUAAAUGGAUGCCAAAAGCAGAUACAAGUACAUGGACACCACUUGAAUAUAUUGCUGAAUUAUUUUAUAAAUGGGUUGAUGAUCCAUCAUCACGUCCAGUGAAUGGAUCGGUUGUUAAAUUGACAACAAAAGAUGGCAAUACUGAACUCAGCUAUCAUUAA